AUGCCAGAGCGAGAUGUAAGCCAGGAUGAGCCUACGUUUCCUUGCAAAAUUUGUGGUCGAAGAUUUAUUCAGACCAGCUUGGUCAAACAUGAGCCGGCGUGCAAGAAACUGAGCAAACUCAACAGGAAACCAUUCGAUUCCGGAAAGCAACGUGCAACAGGGAGCGACAUUACGUAUGCAGACGUGAAACGUGCUCAAAGGGAGCGGGAGAAGGUUGGUGGAGUCUACCCACGCCCUCAGACUAACUGGAAGGAGAGGCAUGAGACGUUUAUCGAUGCAGUUUCUUCAUCAAAAAAGGUCGAUUAUGCCAUCAAAACAGGCGCGCCGUUACCUCCUCCACCCCGAACUGCAGUGCCGAGCGGUAACUACUAG